AUGUCACAAACACAGCAAAGACGACGAGUUUUGGCUGGUCACUCUCAUUCUGUUCUGCCACCUGGAGCUAUCGGCAGAACAUUAUCAAGAUCAUCUGCUAACUGCACAACCCGUCAUAGCCUGAAUGUGCUACUUGAUGCGCCUGCGAGGCGAGACCAGCCUCACCUCCAUCCUCCGAAGCUUGAUGGAGCGUUAUGUGCUCACUAUCGAGAUCACGAGCCCACUGAAAGUGUUUAUGCUUCUCUUCUCAGCAACCUCGACAUGGAUAUGCAGCGAUGCGAGACGCUCCAACCGACAAGGCUUUCUACUAAUCCCUCCACAACAAUUGGUUCUGUCUCAACCGCUGCCACACCUACUUCUACGAGACCAAAUGCGAGUCCAACAGCUUCAGAAUGA